AGCACUAGUUUCCUGUGACCUCCGGUAGUGGUGCUGCCGCCGCCAGAGCUGCUCCGCGCGUGGCCGGGCCGCCGCCGCUGCCAUGGGCCGCAGGAAGCUGCACCGGCCGAUCGCGGCCAUGGCCAAGAAGAUCCGCGAAUACCGGGCGCUGAAGAACCGGCCGCACGACUCGCAGCGCUUCUCCCUGGACUAUGAGACCAUGACGCGGCCGUUCACCGGGAAGCGCCUGCCCGUGCUGGCCUGGGAGGACGUGCGCAACGAGACCCGCCUCUUCGCGCUGCUCGCCCGCCUGCCCUUCUUCGGCAUCGGCCGCGUGGUCACGCGCAAGUCCUGGCUGUGGCAGUACGAAGAGCCCUGCUACUGGCUCAUCACCAAGACCCAAGUGGAUUACACGGCCGAGAAUUUGGAUCACGGAAAAGCCUGGGGAUACCUGACAUUCAGAGGCAAGACAGAAAAUGAAGUAAAAGAGAUUGAUAAGGUCAUGUACCAUGACUGGCGUUUGGUGCCCAAACAUGAGGAAGAGGACUUCAAGAAAUUUACCCCGGUGCCAGAGGAAACCAUCCGGUAUGUGCCGUAUCCACCUCUGCUCCGAGCCAUGAUCUUUGCUCAGAGGCAGAAGGAAGGAAAACCGAACACGGAGGAGCCGAUGCUUGAUCUGGAAAGAGGGAUCUCCAGAACAGACUCCAUUGAAAAUGUCAAGAGAACUGAAGGGACACCAGUGUGAAGGUAGUGUUGAGUAUGGUGCCCCCUAGGUCUCUUAAUCGCCAACUGAUCUCCUUAAUGAAGAAAAUGAUUCCAUAAGCCACAGGCAUGUUUCAGGUUUAUCCAGUGUUAUCACCUCAGUUUCUCUUCCUAUUCCUGGCACAUGCCAGUGUACACAUUUCUUACAUGUAUUUGGAAAGAUGCAGACAUGCUUAGGAUUCUUGGUAAUCUCUGUAGAGCAUCUUCUCUGUUUUUCUCUGCAUUUGUUUUACAGCUCCUAUCCUCUGGGCCCUAUGACUGGGCAAAAUUCCCUUUAGAGCCCACUUCUGAGAAUUAAAAAAGGACACUGUCAAGUUGAUUAGAUCCCCAAACCAAUGUAAAAGCACAGACAAGGGCCUAUAAGAAGUCACCAUCUUGCUCCACAGAGUGUGCUCCUGCAUGUAUGAGUCUUCCCAUCUGAUUUUUCCUGCAGCACAGACAUGAUGUUGGCUACAAAUGUUCAACUCAGGAUCCUUAAAAUUCUGGUUCAUUAGGCAGAUUGAAACACUGUAAUGAAGUCAAAUCAUAACCUUGGGGCUGGUCUCCUCUCACACACACACACUAGUGCGCUACAAAUGUUUGUUGUGGGGGGCACCAGAGUUGGGUAUACCUAUCCUACAAAGCGCUGGAGUCUGCUAUCGAUGGCCAGUCAAGGCUUCUUGCAGCGUGGUGUUAUCCUCCAGAAGGGGGUCGCCAGCUGGUCCUUCUGCCUGGACAGGUUGGGUGCUGGACGAGUUGGAGAUCAAGAGGGUGCCCCUGAGGGUCACUUUUCACUGCUUUUUAUCUGUCCUUGGCAGACUUUGGUGACUCCCCAGUUUUCAGGUUUGCCCAAUUCAGGGGUUGUUGACCCUCGUGGGACUUCCCCUCCCCAGUGACUACUGGAUGGCACCUGUCAGCCCCAGGGGUCUUCCGCAUGUACGUGCAGGUUUGGGAGUCCGUUGAUGAAUUUUGAUUAAUUUACCGCUGUCAUAAAUAGGGCUCUGGGAGCAGUCGAUCUGGAGAUAUUCAGCCCCAAAAGUUGGUCCCCGGUGUCGAUUAACUCAGACGGGGCUUCUAGCCCUUGAACAGUGAAGUUUAGAUAAUUCCUGUUUGCUACACUGUCUCCUAUUGAUUUCUUCUGUUGCUUGAUCUGGGGUGUAGGUAUUAAUUACCACUUGUUACUGAAGCCUGCUACAGAGUUACGCAUUCAAUCACUGAUUCACUUGUUCUUUCAGGGGCCCUGCCUGAUACAGGGAAGCCCAGGUUUGAUUCCUGCCCUUGUUAACAUUGUUACAGUGUAUAACUUACUUCUAAAAACUAAAACACAUUUAAUUAAAAGGUGAAGAGUAUAAAAUAUAA